UAUGGUUGCUUAUCUAUAUACCUGGGCUCCGUACAUGUCUCUCGAUCUAGAAGCAAUGUCUAGUUUUCGAAGUGUUCGCUUUUAAUGUGAUUGCGCGAUGUGCUAGAACGGUGUUUAAAAGAGGGAUACGGAAAAUAUGUUUAAUCGAGUGGUGCUUCGGUAAGACAUGAGAACAAGAAGGAGGGUUUGUUGGUUAGUGGGGAUACCCGAAGAAAUAAUGGAUUUAGAUGAAUUAUUAUACACGGAUCCGUCUAGAUAUAAUUGCGUCAGUAUGUACUCGACUAAGUACCAUAACAGUGUAAAAUUUUUAAUUGAUUUCUAGUUUAGAGGCAGAACUCUGUUCGUGAUGUCUUGCUAGUGACAACAACAGUUUCCGUUUUGUACAAAUUGUAACCUACGAACGAAACCGAAAUGAGUGAUACGAUCAAGAUGUUAACGAAACGAUCAAUCGGUAUCUCAACUAAUUUGUGGCCGUGUAGAUUGUGGUGAUGAUCGUUGUGCAACCCCAAAUAUUUAUAUUUCGUGAAAUUGAGUUGAAAAAAAAAAAAAAAAAAAAAGAAAAUCUUGAAACGUUUCUUAUAUAUUGUACCACUGAUUGUAUAACUUAUCAAAUUAUGUAUCCCCGUUGUCGCUGUGUUGCAUGGUGCCUGUACACGAUAAUACGAGAAUUAUGUGUUCGUUGUGCAUUUUUGUAGUAGCACCGAGUUGUUCUUUGAUGCUUUAGUAAAGCAUAAACGUUCAUUGGUUAACCAAAACAAACUUUAAACGAUUAUUUGUGCUCUCCGCUAGAGCUCAUUAAUUGUAGUGAAGGUGCCAUGAAGUAAAAUCAAAGGAUGAUGAUGGGCGAUCAGUUUCGUAACAAAGUGGAGCAAUAUUCACCAAAGUCAUCGCCCAGGGGCGCACGUUCCCCUGUUGUAUCGCGUCAGGAUUCGACAGGGACCUUAAAGACAACCAUUUCCCUGGGAAAGAAUCCUUCUAUUGUCCAUAGUGGGCCAUUUUACUUGAUGAAGGAACCCCCUGGAGAAAGUGAACUCACAGGGGCAACAAAUUUAAUGGCCUAUUAUGGCCUAGAACAUUCUUAUAGUAAAUUUAGUGGAAAGAAACUCAAAGAACAACUUUCCUCCUUUUUACCUAAUUUACCUGGAAUAAUAGACAGACCAGGUCAUCUAGAUAAUAGCUCAUUGAGAUCCGUCAUCGAAAAACCUCCGAUAGGUGGAAAAGAAUUGUUACCAUUGACCAGUGUUCAAUUAGCUGGCUUUCGUUUACAUCCUGGGCCUUUACCGGAGCAGUAUCGCUAUGUGAAUCAAGCUCCACAAAGAAAACAUAAGAACAAACAUAAAAAGCACAAACACAAACCGGGCGAGAUACCUAGCGGUCAGGAAGCAACGACAACGGAUAUUGGCGGUUCGGAUACUCACGAAAAGAAGCAUAAAAAGCAGAAAAGACACGACGAAGAAAAAGAAGCUCGGAAGAAACGUAAGAAGGAGAAAAAGCGUAAAAAACAAAAGCAUAGUCCCGAACACACCGGAGGAUUAACACCAUCUCAGCAUUCCAAUUCGUGAUCUUUAAUCUUACCCUUUCUGUUUGUAUCUGACUUUUGACCUGACAUUACGAUUUUUAUAGGCGCAAUUAAAUUCUCUUAUUUCCGUUAAGAAUAAACACAUGUACAGACAAUUAUUAGAUCUAAAUAUCUUCGUAAA